GACAAGACUUUCUUUUAUUAGAAAAGAGAAAAAAGUGUUUUGGUGGAUGAAAUUGGUGAUGAUUAUCGACGGCACGUGGGGCCUCGAUGAACGUCAUUCAGCGAGCAUGAAGGAUCCAUCGAAAGAAACGGUUUCCGAGGUUGCUAUGGCACUUUUCGGAAUGGUUUGGUUAUUGCGAGUACGCUCGGAAAUGCGUCGAUGCUCAAAAUGUCGUCGCGAGGAGUUUCUAAAUGCGCAACAGCAGCAGCAGCAACAACAACAGCAGCAGGUGCAACAGCAUCACCAUCACCAUCAGCACCAUCAUCAACGAGCAUUAUCACAAACGACCCUUCAUACCCCUGAGGAUGGUGUUUCGUCCUCUGCAAAUACCCUCUUCACUCUUGAUACCCCCGGGUCUACUGGAAUUACCGGAAGUUACUGCGAGGUUCAUGGCUACGUACCUCCCAAAGAAGAUAUUCAAGAAUUCUACGAAUUGACACUCCUGGAUGAGUCGAAAUCAGUGCAGCAGAAGACUGUCGAGACGAUUCGAAUUGCUGACAAGUGGGAGGCAAGUGAUGGACCAAUUACGCCGACUUAUGCUCAAAAUGACGGUGGACCGGUGUCAGCAUUCCCCUUAAAUCAGACUCUUAUGAAUAUCUACGGCCGCCGGUCGGUCAGUCCGGAUGUUCCAAGUUCCCAGGAUUCAAAUCAGAAAAUAAGGCACGUUGGUGUUGAAGAACCAGUAUCUUCUUCACCAUCAUUCUUAAAAGAUUCAUCUCAGGUUGAUGGCAUCUCGAGACCGAAUUCUGUCGACAGGGUUAUUCACACUGACACAACUCAACACAUUGUUGCAAGUCAUGAAACUCUCAACAAGAGCCAUGACAGCUGGCAGGGCCAUGACAGUGACCAGGCAAACACUCCACUUCUCGCUGGGGACACGAGACAUGUCAAUGGAGAUGACGACUGGGAAUACGAGGAGAUCGUUCUCGAGAGAGGUAGCGCCGGACUUGGAUUCAGCAUUGCCGGCGGCACUGAUAAUCCACACUUCGGAAACGACUCCGCUAUUUACAUUACCAAACUUAUCCCGGGUGGAGCUGCAUCAGCCGACGGUCGUCUUCGCGUUAACGACACAAUACUACAGGUGAACGAUGUGACUGUUGUUGACGUUCUUCAUGCAAGCGCCGUCGAUGCCCUCAAACGUGCCGGAAAUACCGUCAAAUUGUACGUCCGGCGACGAAGGCACACGCAAUUAAUGGAAAUAGAAUUGAUUAAGGGCAACAAAGGAUUGGGAUUUAGUAUCGCAGGUGGUAUCGGAAAUCAACACAUCCCCGGAGACAAUGGUAUUUAUGUCACAAAAAUUAUGGAGGGCGGAGCUGCUCAGGUAGACGGGAGACUCGUUGUUGGUGACAAGUUGGUCGCCGUCAGGAAUGCCUUGGGCGAUAAAAAUUUGGAAAAUGUAACGCACGAAGAAGCUGUCGCAACAUUAAAAGCAACGCAGGAUCGAGUAGUUCUCUUGGUAGCAAAACCAGAAGGAGCACUUCCACCACCACCGGCUUCGGAUCGUUCGCUGUCACCACAACCUCGAAAACAAAAUGGCUCUGUCUUGGCGUUGGAGAACAAUUCACUGGCGUAUUCGCAGGAAUCGCGUCAUGCAUCUUCGCUUGCUCUUCAUGGAACCGGGACACCUCGCGCCGUAUCUCAGGAAGACGUGUCAAGAGAGGUGAGGACAGUUGCGCUGAACAAGGGCUUAUCGGGGUUGGGAUUCAAUAUCGUCGGGGGAGAGGAUGGAGAAGGCAUUUUCAUAUCCUUUAUCCUAGCCGGCGGUCCAGCGGAUCUUAGUGGUGAACUUCGACGGGGCGACCAAAUACUUAGCGUCAAUGGCGUCAACCUCAGGACCGCCACCCACGAGGAGGCUGCGGCCGCCCUCAAGGGGACAGAUCAAACAGUGACAAUUGUUGUGCAGUACAAGCCAGAGGAUUACAAUAGAUUCGAGGCCAAGAUCCACAAUCUUAAACAACAAAUUUCCCAGCAGAAUAUGAUGACAGGCACCCUCAUGAGGACCUCACAGAAAAAGUCACUUUACGUCAGAGCUCUGUUCGACUACGAUCCAAAUAAGGAUGAUGGGUUGCCAAGUCGUGGAUUGGCUUUUCGUUAUGGCGAAAUUCUCCAUGUCACGAAUGCAAGUGACGACGAAUGGUGGCAAGCUAGGAGAGUCACACCUCAGGGCGAAGAGGAAGGUCUAGGAAUUAUUCCUUCACGCAGACGAUGGGAACGCAAACAACGAGCUCGCGAUCGUUCCGUCAAGUUCCAAGGGCACAUGCCUGUCAUAAUGGACAAGCAAUCGACGCUGGAUAGGAAAAAGAAAAACUUUUCCUUCAGCAGGAAAUUCCCGUUCAUGAAAAGUAAAGACGACAAAUCCGAGGAUGGCUCCGAUCAAGAACGGUCGCCCACAACACCUGAGAAUGAAAACGAUCCUUCACAAUUUAUGCUGUGCUACACCCAGGAUGACACGAAUGCAGAAGGCAGUGAAGAGAACGUUUUAUCAUAUGAAGCUGUUCAACAACUUAGUAUUCAAUAUAUGCGUCCUGUCAUUAUCCUGGGACCUCUCAAGGAUCGGAUCAGUGACGACCUUAUCGCUGAGUUUCCCGAUAAAUUCGGCAGCUGUGUCCCUCAUACGACCAGGAGUAAAAGGGAAUACGAAGUCGAUGGUCGAGAUUAUUAUUUCGCAGCGUCUCGAGAACAAAUGGAGAGGGAUAUUCAAAAUCAUCUAUUUAUUGAAGCAGGACAGUAUAACGAUAAUCUUUACGGAACGUCAGUCGCUUCUGUUCGAGAAGUCGCAGAAAAGGGUAAACACUGUAUUCUUGAUGUAAGCGGAAAUGCCAUCAAGAGGUUACACAUUGCACAAAUUUAUCCAAUCGCCAUUCUUAUUAAGCCAAAAUCUGUAGAAUCUGUUAUGGAAAUGAAUAAGAGAAUGACUGAGGAUAAAGCGAAAAAAGACUACGAAUUAACACUCAAAAUGGAACAGGAAUUUGGAGAAUAUUUAACUGCAAUUGUCCAAGGAGACACGCCAGAAGAUAUUUACGUGAAAGUGAAAGAAGUGAUCGCGGAACAAUCAGGGCCAAACAUUUGGGUACCGUGUCGAGAUCAACAACUGUGACGUUCUGCCCCCGAGGAUCAUUCCGAUCCCAACGCUUGGACAUUACCCCCGAGGAGUCAAAAUUAAUUGCCCUUAAAAUGAUACAAUUAAAUAAGCCCUCUAUCGCCUUUUCCCUCAAUCUAAGUAGCACAAUAUGUCCUAAAUGAAAAAAAAGACGCGCGUGUGCAAAAUCUCGUCAAAGUCUUUGUUCACUGUCACGUCAAAUAAAAAGAGAAAAAAAAAUUGUCACGACAAACUCGACCGUAAAAGAAGAGUUUAGAAAAAAUUCGAAACAAAAAAAAGAACAGUGUAUAUUGUACAAUAUCCCCUCGGAAAUGCUUAACAAUCAUUUCUAGACGUAACGAAUUUUAUUUUUAAGUUAUCAAUCGGAUUUUUAAUUCUAUUUUAUUCUUAAAUAGUCUUUAAUUAUUUUAAUUAUUGACACAUUGUAUUCUUUUAUACGAAUUUUAAAAUCUGUCUUCGAUUCGCCAAAUUUUUUCUUUUGUAGUAUACAUAUACAUAUUCUUUUAUAUUUUUGUGCGAAACUGGACGAUAUUUAAAAAAAAUACACAGCAUGUACUUAAUUGCAAUUUAAUGCAAACAAGAAAUUUAUCAACUGGAGGGGAAAAUGUAGUUCGAUAAUAAAAAAAAAAAAAAACAGGAAAAUGAAAAAAUUCAUCUCACGUCGAUGAUGAGAAAAGAAUUUAAGAUCGUGACGAUUUUAAAAUGAUCGUGUAUGAUUAUUGUUGAAAAUCGAAUGUUGUAAUUUAACGAUCUUUAUCAGACCUCACAGGAUAAAUCCCUAGAGCUAGGAUAGCGAUAUAUAAUGUUUUGUACAGCUAGAUGACUAAGCCAGUAUUGGGUUAUGUGCAACAUUAUAUAGAGAAAUGAUGGAAAAAAAGAACACUAUUGUAAUUUGAAUAUUACUACUAAAUUAUUACGAUUAUUAUAUAAUUGCUAUGAUAGUAGAUAAAAUAUUACUGUAAAUAUCUAUUGCCUGUAAUCAAGAUGUAGCGAAGGCGUUUUGAGCGUAAGCCAAGAAUGUUAUGCGUAGGCCUCGGUUGUAUUUCUAGGAAAAAAAGUCAUUUUUCAAUCAUUUUUCUCCAAAGGGGACUUUGGAGAAAUAUACUUAAGAACGGGCGAAAAAUAACUAUGCAAAAAAAUCGACGAUAUUUCAUUUUUCAAUGAAUAAUUUGUCACUAUUUUAUAAUUAUUGUGUCAAAAUAAUUGUCAUUGUUUUGUACUAAAUGCCAUUAUUUUUUAGUAAAUAAUGUGAUGAUUAAUUUUAACGAUUAUUUAUCAGAAAUUAGGAAUAGUCCAUAAUUAUUUAUUCUUCGAUAAAUAAUUAAUAUUUAUUUUUCAAUAAAUAGGGAAAAAUUGUUUAUAAAUAAGAAAAGAUUUAUGAAUAGAAUAUUUAUAAAUACGAAAAGAUUUAUGAAUAAAAUAUUUAUAAAUAAAAGAUUUAUGAGUAGAAUAUUUAUAAAUGAACUAUGAAUGAUUUUCAUUAUUUAUUUUUGAAUAAAUAAUUACGUUGAUUAUUCGUUAUUUUCGAAAUAUAUAAUCAUGCUUUCUUUUGUUGAGAAAUAUAGGAGAAUCAGAGUAAAAUUGCGAUCAAUUCCGAUGGAAGCAGAUGAACUGUCAUUGUCGGUCGCUGUAUCGAUGUAAUUUAAAAAAAGAGAAAAACAAAAAAGGCUAUAAAGAUUGAAUAGAUUUUUAGAUAUGAACGUUGGUGAAGAUGAUAUGAUUUUAUUGAUGAAGGUGGCGAGAUUGUUUGUCGAUUUAAUUGUAACAUAUAUAAGUGAUGAUACAUACCGGGUAGGAAUUAUAAUUUGUAUCUCAGCGGUCUGUGCGCUAUAAACAAAAAAAAUAUAUAAAUUCGUAGCGUCAUUGUACACAGUUGCCUUUUGCGACGUGAUUCAAAGUCACGUUGAUUCUUGUUUUUUUUCGUUUUUUGUUUUGUGUGCUCUGGAUUUUUUUUGUGAGUGGAUGCGAAAAGCGUAUAGUCACAUUGCACACACGUACACACACACUGAUAAUUUUAAUUGUAUAUGCGAUUAUUUGUUAGUUAUAUCGAUUAUUUUCUAUCACUGAUCAGAUCAAGAAAAGUUUUCUUUUUUUGAGAAAGAAUAAAUUUAAUGAAAUUCUUUGAGCGUAAAUAUUGUUAAAGAAUCACGUGUGUGACAAAUCUCGGAAAAAAAGGAAAAGAAAAUGUGCCUAACAUUCAAAGGCUCUCCCCCCAGGAUUCAACCGUGGUAAAAUAUGGUGUGUCUUUCUCCAUUCAAAACGAACGUAUUAAAGAAUGAAAAGAAACUAAAAAGAGAGAAGAAAAUCUAUUGCAGACACCUAUUAUACAUCUCUAUAGUCUAUUUAAAGAUAAAACUUAUGAAUUAUCAAUCUCAUGUUCACCUUGUUUCAUCGUUUUUAAAUAGUUAAUAAACGUUUUACCAAUUUUA